UCCGCCCAUGGCCGCCAUUGUGCAAAGUUCCGGACCUUCUGUUUUAAUAUCGCUCCGCAGGUGUGGCGUUGUAUUCUGCGUCCCUGCAGGGUUGCUUCCAGAAUCCUCUGUGUGUUUCCUAAAGCAGCCAAACAUGGACAAACCUCUGGAACUGUUGACAUUCAGGGAUGUGACCAUAGAAUUUUCUCCAGAAGAGUGGGCAUGCCUGGACCCUGCCCAGCAGAAUUUGUAUUGGGACGUGAUGUUAGAGAACUACAGAAAUCUGGUCUCCCUGGGGCUUCCUGUGUCUAAGCCAGACCUCAACACCUGUCUGGAGCAAAGGAAGGAGCCCUGGAAGGUGAAGAGACAUGAAGUAAUAGCAGUACAGCCAGCAACACUUCCAGAAUCCUCUGUGUGUUUCCAAGAGCAAGAAAAAAUGAAUAAAUCUCCAGUUAUGCCCCGUGUAUUUACUGUCUAUAUAAGC